AUGACAAUCACACCAAAUAAUCCACCAAAAUCUCCCUUGAGGGCCAUAGAGCAAGAAGGCUUUGGAUAUACAAGUGCAACAUAUGGGUGGCCAAUAAUUAUCACAAAAACGAUAGAUAAUAUUUAUGAAACAAGAUAUGAGCUUGAUCCCAUAAAAGAUGAAGAAAAAAGUAACAAGGCAAAAGAAAUUAUGAAUUCAUUGGGUACUGUGAAAUAUGAAAUGCAAAGAAAAAGGGUCUUGAC